CACUGAUUUUGUUUAUUUUGUUUUUGUGGUUGUACUUCGAUUUGGAUAUUAAUGUUGGACUUGCAUACUUGACUGUGCUUCUGUGGUCUUGAUCAGCGCAAUGAGUCUUCUUUGGCUGAGAUAUUGCGCUUGAUAAAUUCCCUUUUAUCUUUACUACCGUAUCUGGAAAAAUCUGACUGCCGCGACUAUCGUAAGUCAGUAUACGUUGGUGUGUAAAGCAUGCUUGUGCGUGUUUGUGAAUACGUUUCAGCGCUUUCUCCUCUCUCUCGAUUAUUGUACAAACUACUAUCAUCGCUAGCUUUUAGUGCUAGCUUAUUUACGGCAAAAGAAUGUGCCGAGAAUUGCUCAGAGGGGGUAUGAAAGGUCAAAUGACAUGGCGCGAGAAAAUUGCAAACUGCAAAAUAACGUGUGAUUCAUUCCGCGAUACAUGACCUCCAUUCAGUCCCUCCAACCCUCCAAAGAGUGUUGUUUUGAUGUUCACAAACUGUGACGCUGUCAGCUAACUGACUGGCUGCAUGUCAAGGUCGCCAUCUUGAGUCAACCUUGUUUUGAAGAGUAAACACGCAUUUUCAAGCAAACCUGGAUCGUGACUGUUCACUAAUUUAUCUUUGAAUUUCUAGACUGUGUUGCUCAAAAUACUUAGGAAAUAGCAACGGUGUGCUCAUAGGCAGCAAAAGAUUUGUAAAAAUACAAGUAAAAUAUAUGUGAUAUACUGCAGUCAUGGACCUCCGGGGUAAGAGUGUGUUUUUAACAGGCGGUGCACGAGGUUUGGGCCGUGGUAUCGUGGAAGAGUUACUGUCCUUAGGAGCGAAGGUGCUGUUCUGUGACGUCAACGUUGAGCAAGGCAGGGUCACAGAGGUCGAGCUACAAAAACAAUAUGGCGCCGACGUUGUUUUUUUCCAGGAGGCCGACGUCUCGGAUGAGGAGCAGCACAAAGCGGCGUUUGCGGCGGCUGUGUCCAAGCUGGGGGUGGUGGAUAUUUGUGUCAACAACGCCGGGAUAUCAGAUGAAAACAGCUGGGAGAAGGUGCUGGAGGUCAAUACGGGGGCAUACAUCCGGGGCAGUCUGCUAGCGCUGAAGCACAUGCGCCGUGACCUCGGAGGUUGUGGUGGUGUCAUCAUUAACGUCGCGUCUUUACUCGGUCUUAUGCCGAUGGCCACUUCCCCAGUAUAUGCUGCGUCCAAGCAUGCUGUGGUCGGCUUUACCACCAGCUGGGCUAUGAGUCCUGAUCAGAAGGAGCAUGGAGUGCGGUGGUGCUGUCUGUGCCCCGGUAUCUUCAACAGUGAACUGCUUCAAGAAACAUUAAACAGCAAUCGCGUGUAUCACGUACAGGACGUUCAGCAAUAUUUGCAAGAUCAUGGUGUCAUGCCAGUUUCCCAGGUGGCACAGGCCGUCAUAAAACUGAUACAAGAUCCAGACAACAACGGCGCCAUCUUGGAGGUGUCCCUUGCUAAGGGGGCUCGUUACCGGCGACGACAGAUUGUGGACCGUGAUGGUGUUUCUGACCUCGUGGUGGUGGACACGUACUGAGGGGACACUUCUUAUAGUCUACAUAUAAUAUUCAAAUGUGAUAUGCUGGAGGACAUAAGUACUUGCAAAAUGCUGAGUAAGCUGCUACAAAGUGUACUAGUUUGAUGUGUAGAGCUUUUUAUAAAAACAUGCUGUAAAUUAAUAGAAAUGUUAAUAUUUCCAGGUAUAGGCAUGUUCGAUUUCACAACCUUAAUAACGUUUAUCAAAUUGAACUUCAGACAUUUGUAGACGUUGAGAAUUGUGGCUCUUGGCAGACACUUUUAUACCUGCAAUGCAUAAUAUCUACUCUGUUGAUCCACCGUGGAGCUUCUUUGAGCCAAUGAUGUUACAAAGCAAUAUAGAUGUGCUGUAAUUAAUGCAUGAUCACAAUAUUUGCAUAGCCUCAGAUGGCAAAAAUCAAAACUGUUAAUGCAUAUAUGUAAAUGAUGAUCACAAAUAAUCCAAUCUGAUUACAUUUUCUCAUUUAGUUAGGCACACCACUGGUAGAGUUUUUUUUAUAAAAAAAGAUUUUCCUCCUUUUCUACAAUUUUAUUAAGCAUUAGAGUGGUCCUUGUUUUAUUACACUUUUCGCGAUUAAAAGCCCACAUAAAAAA